CUAGGAUGUGACGUAGCAACAGUUGAGAGGAUCGGAAGUUACCGGAGCCAGAAGUCCAGAAAACAGAGAAAAUAUCCGUGAAAACACCACAAACUGCUCGGUUUACCGUGAAUAACUCUAUGGCUUAUCCAGGAUACGGCGGGUACGGGGGCCAGAUGCCGGGGGGCAUGCCGGGCCAGGGGAUGCCCCACCAGGGGAUGCCAGGAGGACACAUGGGGGGCCCCAUGCCGGGACACAUGGGGGGCCCGAUGGGGGGGGCCCCGGCCCAGGGAGGCUACCCCCCCUACGGAGGAGGAUACCCGGGGACCUACGGGGCCCCGCCCCCCGCCGCCAGCGACCCCAUGUGGAGCUACUUCACCGCCAUCGCCGGACAGGACGGGGAGGUGGACGCUGAGGAGCUGCAGAGAUGUUUGACUCAGUCUGGAUUCACCGGCAGCUACUCACCGUUCAGCCUGGAGACGUGUCGGAUCAUGAUCGCCAUGCUGGAUAGAGACUUUACUGGUAAGAUGGGCUUCAGUGAGUUCAAGGAGCUGUUCACGGCUCUGAGCGGCUGGAAGCAGAACUUCAUGAUGUUUGACCAGGACCGCAGCGGCACCGUGGAGCCCCACGAGCUCACGCAGGCCAUCAACGCCAUGGGUUACCGUAUCAGUCCUCAGGCGAUCAACGCCAUCAUCAAACGCUACAACAAAGGAGGACGCAUCUACUUCGACGACUACGUGGCGUGCUGCGUCAAACUGAGAGCUGUCACAGAUAACUUCAGACGGAGAGACACCAUGAACCAGGGCUCCGUCACCUUCCAGUACGACGACUUCAUCCAGUGCACCAUGGCCAUCUAGAGCUUCCUACGAGGGCCCUGCAGGCUCUGAGGGCCCCUGAGGGCCCCUAAAGGCCCCUACAGGCCCUGAGGGUCCUCGCCGUAUGAACCGAAGCCCCGUGGCCUCCUGGGGACUAAAGGAGCCGAGAGUCUGAGUGAGGACGCUUCAACGCUUCAACGCUUCAACGCUUCAGUUUCUGUCCCACAGAGACAAACACACACAUUUAUAUCUGAAUAUGAAUAUAUUUAGCCAGUAUGUAUCCACCGUAGAGGGAAUAAACCAGUCCGCCUGGAGCUCCGACAGUAAAACUAUAACGUCCUCAUAAUGUCAGAACAAUUACACUUAACUCCAUUUAAAACGUAAUUAAACCCAAUAAUGUCAUAAAAUCUCCUGACUGAUGUAAUAACAUUUAGCCAUAAUGUUUUACCUGAUUAUGGAUUUAUUUUGGUCAUUUUACAUAUUUUUAAAAAUCAUUUUUAAGUCUUUUGGGUAAUUUUACGUCUUUUUUUGUCAUUUUGUGUCUUUUUUUUUUUUAUUUAAUUUUCAUUAUUUUGAAAUUCUACAUUAUUUUGAAAUUCUCAGUAAUUAUUUUGAGAUACAUUAUUUUGAAAUUCUACAUUAUUUUGAAUUACUUAGAAUUAUUUUGAGAUACAUUAUUUUGAAAUUCUGCACUAUUUUGAAAUUCUCAGUAAUUAUUUUGAGAUACAUUAUUUAGAAAUUCUACAAUAUUUUGAAAAUUACUAACUAUUUAAUUUGAGACAUUAUUUUGAAAUUUGAAAGUAAUUAUUUUGAAAAACUAAUGAUUAUGUUGAUUAAGAUUUAAAAUGACCAAAAAUGACACAAAAUUAGCUUAAAAAAUAUGUAAAAUGAUCAAAAAAAGACUUAAAAUGACCAAAAAAAGACGUAAUAAGGCAUUACAUUAUCUGUAAAACUGUUUUAUUUGUGACAUUAUUGUGUUUUAUUACAUUUUAGAUUGACUUAAGUUACAUUAUGAGGAUAUUUUUCCGUUCUGGGAGCUACAGGACUCUUUAAAGCCUCCGUGUGUCGGACUUUCACAAUAAAAGCUUCAUAUUAAAAACGCACGGAGGCUUUGAAGCGUCUGGUUUGAGGGUUUCAGUGAUAAAAGUAGAAUUAAUCUGCCAGAUAUAUGAAACUAGUGUAAUAUUAUGCUGAUGGUGAGACACCUUUUGUGCCAUAAUAAUCUCUGAAUGUACCGUCUAAUAUAUUAAACCUGUUUAUUAUUAUACAACUAGCAGCAUCGUGACUUUUAAACCUGGUUAAAGUUAGUGAGAUCAUCAUUAUUCUUCUUAUUAUUGUGAUAUUUGUUUUAUAAACUUUGGACUGUCGAUGUUUAACUUGAUAACAAGCCAAAGUGACUGUGAACGGAUCUGUUAUUCAUGUUUCAUUUGUAAAGAUGCAGUGAAGUAAACGUUGCACACAACCACUGUUGUAGUCAAAUCAUAUUUUGUUACUCACAAUAAACACUUUCUAAUCA